AUGUUGGCUCUGCAGAUACAAGUGGAAACUCGAAAACAGAGUAUUAUUUGGGAGUUUGAAAAAUACCGGCGAUUACUGAAGAAGAAACAGACAUCAAGUCAACUGCUAGAGGUGGAGGUGGCCACAGCUCUGGCCAGCCUAGAGCAGGAAGAGAGAGAAACUGUGCAGAAACUGGAGUUGAAUCAUGAUCAACUAGUCCAACAGAGCCGGGUCCUAUUGAGGAUGAUUGCGGAGCUAGAAGAGAGGUCUCAGAGGCCUGUCCGGCGGAUGCUACAGGGUAUUCAGGAAAUCAUAAACAGGAGUAAAGCCUGGAGCCUACAGCGGCCAGAACCAGUCUCCCUGGAGCUGAAGACAGAGUGCCGUAUACUGGGACUUAGAGAGAUCUUGAAGACAUAUGCAGUUGAUGUGUGCCUGGAUCCAGACACAGCUUACUCCCGCCUCAUUGUGUCCGAAGACAGAAAAAGUGUGUGCUACGGAGACACCAAGCAGAAACUGCCUGACAAUCCUGAGAGAUUUUACCGCUACAAUAUUGUCCUGGGCAGCCAAUGCAUCUCCUCAGGCCAGCACUACUGGGAGGUGGAGGUGGGAGACCGAUCGGAAUGGGGUCUAGGAGUGUGUAAGGAAAAUGUAGACCGCAAGGAAGUUGUCUAUUUAUCUCCCCACUAUGGAUUCUGGGUGAUAAGGCUGAGAAAGGGAAAUGAGUACCGGGCAGGCACAGAUGAAUAUCCUCUCCUGUCCUUGUCAGUACCUCCACGCCGAGUGGGAGUGUUCCUGGAUUAUGAAGCCCAUGAUAUCUCCUUCUACAAUGUGACUGAUAAUGGCUCCCACAUUUUCACUUUCCCCCACUACCCCUUCCCUGGGCGCCUCCUGCCCUACUUUAGUCCUUGUUACAGCAUUGGAGCCAAUAACACUGCUCCUCUGACCAUCUGCUCCCUGGAUGGGGAGGACUAAGAUAGUCACCAUCCUAGCCACAGACCUUGGAA